AUGUCCGGAGUGUGGGGCUGGUUUGGCGGGCAGAGCGCCCAGAAGAGAAAGGAUACCCCCAAGAACGCCAUCCUCGGGCUGAGAUCACAGCUGGAGAUGCUGCAGAAGCGGGAGAGACAUUUACAGAACCAGAUGGAUGAGCAAGAUGCUAUUGCUAGGAAGAAUGUGAGCACCAACAAGAAUGCCGCGAAAGCCGCCUUACGUCGGAAGAAGCAACACGAACACACGCUUGAGCAGACAACGGCACAAGUAGCCACACUGGAGCAACAAAUAUACUCGAUCGAGGCGGCAAAUAUCAAUAGAGAGACCCUGGCGGCGAUGGAGCGUGCAGGUGAAGCUAUGCAGCAGAUCCAUGGCAAGCUCAAUAUCGACAAAGUAGACGAGACAAUGGAGAAACUCAGAGAGCAGCAUGCGUUGGGAGAGGAGAUCGCCCAAGCUAUUACAAGUGCUCCUAUCGGUGAACCUAUCGAUGAGACCGAGUUGGAUGAUGAGUUGGCCGAGCUGGAACAAGAGCAUCUCGAUAACAAGAUGCUAAAGACGGGAACUGUUCCUGUGUCCGACGAGGUUCACAGAUUGCCGUCGGCUGCAAACGGCGAAAUCAAAGGCAAGGCACCGGUGCAUGCCGAGGAGGAAGACGAGGAGGAAGAGCUUCGGAAACUACAAGCCGAGAUGGCUAUGUAA